GAUAUGCACGUGCGAGAUUUGUCAGUAGACUUGCAUUCACCAUUUUGAAUAUGUGCACCCAUGUUUGUUGAUGCUAUAAUUGUAGCUGCAAAAGGGAAUUUGAAGAGAUAAACAUCAGGUUUAGAUUAAUGGGAUAAAUAUGUGUAUAUCUAAUUAAGAAAAUUUGAAUUGCUAUGAAAUACUGCAGUAUAGUAUUUGGUUGAUCAUCAAUGAGGCCUAACUUAAAUAUUAAGUCGGCUAAAAAUUUAUCAUUAGUGAGAGUUGUUCUUAACAAAAAUUUCGUCGUCUACAUAUGCUGCACUGCAGUGCUUUAUAAUGACUAUAUUUCACAAGCAUUUACUUGUAUGAUGGAGUAUCUAAAUAAAUUGAAGUGGUUGACCAGAAAUUAAAAUAAGAAGAAGUAAUAGGGUACCCUAGAAAUACAUUUUAUAAUCAAGAUUGUCCCACUUGCUAUGCACAGAUGUCCACAAGUUAAUCUCAAGACGUGGAAAAAUGUGUUUCAUGAUUUAAAUUAAUAAUUUAAAACAAAAGGCCAACUCUUUAUACCUCAUUUUAUUGGGCACUAAGCCCCAACAAAUCUUGCAAGAUUAUAUUCAUACGACGUAUUAUAUAAAUCUAAUUGCAUCCCAGAACACUAUAUUUAAUGUAAUAUUAUAAUAUAAAAAACUUACACUAUAUAUUACUAAUAAUGGAGCAAUAUACUAUUAUAUGCAUAUUGCCGUAUAGGUAAUGUUACUCAACGCAUUUAUAUUAGCCGACGGCAUAUAUGAUACAAGUAUUUUAUAAUAUACUUUUACUGGUCAACAGCCAAAGCAUGCAUUUUAAAAUUGUAAAAAAGACAUGAAAGGUUAUUAUAGAGAAAAACAUGAUUGAUAAAAUAACUAAAGUGACCUUUCAGCUAAGCCGACGAGAAAGAUCAUUUUGUACAUGGAGGAUUCGUGUUACACAUUUUAAUUCAAAUCCAUAACGCUGAAUCUACUUAAUUAGUAUACUUACUUUAUUUAAUAGUUCAGAUUCAUCCUAAAUUCCUAAUAUAUGAAUAAAUAUGCUUAUGUUCGUGUUCUUGUUCAUUCGUGUAUCAUGAAAGAUUUAAUUAAUGUAGAGUACAUUUGCUUGACAAUAUUUUUUUUUCGAGUAACCGUCAUAUAUACACAUCUAAAGUGACUCAAAUCUUCGAUAUACACUAAAAGAACAAUUUCACCGAACAUGAAUUUCCAUCGGUAAUUUCUAUUUUUCCAUCAGCAAAUAUUGUAACAAAUGGAAAAUUUCUAUUAGUAACCUUUUUAUUGACAGACUAGGAUAAUUCCUUAUUUCGUCGGUAUGUAACACUGUUUACUAUUGUCUUGAUAUAGAUUGCCCAGUACCGUUAGUAAUUCAUAGAUAUAUCACACUUUUUUUUUAUAGUUAUAAAAUAAGAGUAAAGCAAAAUAUAAGAAGUGUGUUACUCCUAAUAACUAAAAUUAAAAAAAAAUGAAAAAUAAUGGAAUAUCUUUGAUGACCACACCAUAAUGUCCACUUCCCUCUUCCAUCAUCAACUUUACACCUCCUCAAACCCCAACAUUAUGAUUGCAAUAAAUUUCUUCCGCAACCUAUAAAAAAAUAUUUUCUCAUGUCCCUCUAUCAACAAACGCCUCAUCACUCUCACACAAUCACACACUGUAUUAUUAUAAUUAUUGUUAUUGUUAUUUCUCGCAUCUUCUUCUCCAAAUCUCCCAAGAAAAGAAAAAAAAAAAACCCUCUCCUCCUCCAAUUUUCUGCAGCUGUAUGCCCAAACUAAAUGUAUUCAGAUGUAGCAGAAAUUCCUCAGCCAAUUGAGGGGCUUCAUGAAAAUGGGCCCCCACCAUUUCUGAGCAAAACCUACGACUUGGUAGAAGAUAAUGACACAAAUGAGAUAGUCUCGUGGAGUCGAGGUAACAACAGUUUCAUUGUCUGGGAUCCUCAGACCUUUGCUGUCAAUCUUCUUCCCAGAUGCUUCAAACACAACAAUUUCUCUAGCUUUGUCAGGCAGCUCAAUACCUAUGGAUUCAGAAAAGUGGAUCCAGACAAGUGGGAGUUUGCCCAUGAAGGGUUUUUGAAGGGGCAAAGGCAUCUCUUGAAGAACAUCAAGAGGAGGAAAACAACAACAAUAACAACAACAACAACAACAACAGCAACUAGUACUAGUAAUAACACUAGCAUUGGCAGUUGUUUGGAGGUGGGAAGCUUUGGAUUGGACGGUGAGAUCGAGCGGUUGAAGAGGGACAAGCAUGUGUUGAGCAUGGAGGUGGUGAAGCUGAGGCAGCAGCAGCAGCAGACAAGCUUGGAUCUUAGGGACAUGGAGCUGAGGCUCAAGGGGCACGAGGCGAAGCAGCAGCAGACAAUGACCUUCUUGGCGAGGGCGAUCAAGAGCCCCGCCUUUCUGCAGCAGAUGAAGGAGGCAAUGGGUAAGAGGAAGAUGAAGAAGGUUAAGAGAAUCGAUGGUGCAGCAUUCGGAGUCGAAGAGCUAGGCCUAGAUGAUCAGGUUGAUAAUAUUGGUGGUGAGUUUGUUGCUGAUGAGAACUUGUAUGUGAAGUUGGAGCCUCAAGAAUUUGGUGGAUUUGAUCAUGUGGAGUAUGAGGCCUUGCCAAUGGAAUCCAUGGUUGUGGAAGAACAAAUUCAAUGUAGAGAUGAUUAUGAUGAUCAUCAUAAUCUUGAUGUGGAGAAGCCACUUGAUGAAGGGUUUUGGGGAGAUUUGAUCAAUGGAGCAUUUGAAGAUGAGAUUGAUAACUUUGUUUUGGAUGAUCCUUAGAUGAUUGAGUGGUUAUGUGGUUGCUGAGUUUAUUUGCAGAUUGAUGGAUCAAGAAUUCAAGAUUGAUUAAAGGAGUCUUGAAUAUUUGUGUGACUGAAUUCAAGUGUAAAAUGAACUAUCUUUAGCUAAAAGAAGUAUUUUUAUG